AUGGGGUUUAGUACCAGGUGGAAGAUACAACCAAAGCAGUUCAAGGACAUUUAUGACCCGAGUGUACUUCCCAGAGUGACUUAUCUGCUCUAUGAAAUUAAAUGGGGCAACAGCACCAAGAUUUGGAGAAACUGGUGCCGAAACAACAGCACCCAGCAUGCUGAAAUCAACUUCCUGGAAAAUUCCUUCAAGGAAAGAUCUCUCAAUCCUUUGACCCAUUGCUCCAUCACCUGGUUCCUCUCCUGGAGUCCUUGCUGGAAAUUCUCCCAAUCUGUGGUACAGUUCCUGAAGACAUACCCCAAAGUGAACCUAGAAAUGUAUGUAGCGCGGCUCUUUAGGCAUAAAGACAGACGCAACCAACUAGGCCUGCGUGACCUGGUGAUGAAUGGAGUCACCCUUAGAGUCAUGGACCUCUCAGCUUACAACUAUUGUUGGAGAACAUUUGUCAGCCAUCAAAAUGGAGAAGACUACUUGCCUUGACACCUCACCCCAUGGAUAAUGUUCUUUUUUUUUUUAACUCCAGCUUAUCCUUCAGGCCAGAACUACCAGCCAAUCAGCGACAGCAACAGGAUUCAGGCCUAG